AUGGCCAUCUCAGCCCCCCUAAACAAGGCCAAACAAAAUGGGACACACCAACGUAGGAACAUCAACAGCACCCAACACAAACCAACACUAUCCUCAAUCAAUGAAACUGAGAAACAACCCAACACCAACGUGGACAAGCCACCCAAACAACAAAGGAGCCGUACAGCCCUCUACCGCUGUAAACACUUCGCAAGAAAACACACAUGGGCCACACCACUGGCCCUACUGCUAUUUAUUCUAGCGCUAUAUGCGGUCAACCCGACCGAGUCCAACAUCCUCCACCACUUUAUAUUCCUAUCCUACAAACAGUCCCCAAAUGCCCCAAAUGCCAAACCCCAAUACGGCAAGGGCCCAUGGGAUCUAGCCUUUGUGACCUUCUACACAGUCCUCCUAUCAUUCACCCGCGAAUUCAUCAUGCAAGAACUCCUACGCCCACUAGCACGCACAUACAUCAAAUCCAGAGGCAAACAAGCCCGCUUUAUGGAACAGAUGUACACAGCAAUUUACUUCGGCGUCCUCGGCCCGGCAGGGUUGUAUGUGAUGCGGCAGACGCCGGUGUGGUAUUUCAACACGCGCGGCAUGUAUGAGGGGUUUCCGCAUCGGACGCAUGAGGCGCCGUUUAAGUUUUAUUAUUUGUUUGAGGCGGCGUACUGGGCGCAGCAGGCGCUGGUUAUGUUACUCGGCCUGGAGAAGCCUAGGAAGGAUUUUAAGGAGCUUGUUAUGCAUCAUGUUGUGACGUUGGUGCUUAUUGGGCUUAGUUAUCGGUUUCAUUUUGCAUUUCUUGGAAUUGGGGUUUAUGUCACUCAUGAUAUUAGUGAUUUCUUUCUUGCUGUCUCCAAGUCUCUUCACUAUAUCGCCCCAGAUUUCAUGAUCCCGUUCUUUGCGACUUCAAUCGGCGCCUGGGUGUAUCUGCGCCAUGUAUUGAAUCUCCGCAUUCUAUACUCCCUUCUAACUGAGUUCCGGACUGUUGGGCCCUAUGAACUCAACUGGGAGACACAACAAUACAAAUGCUGGAUCUCGAACAUCAUCACUUUUGGGCUGCUGGCUUGUCUUCAGUGUCUCAAUCUCUUUUGGCUGUACUGCCUUUUACGCAGUGCACUCCGGUUCCUUGCUACUGGUGAUAAGAAGGAUGAUCGAUCUGAGCCCGACGAGUCUGAUAUUGAGGCUGAGAAUCAGGGCUUGGAGGGUGUCAAUGGCCAUGCUGUUUUGAAUGGCAAUGGAGAUGCUCUUUCUGGAAAGUUAAAUGGAGCUGCCGGCUAG